UUACUUGGUAAGGUUUAAAGUGAGGGGUUUAUUGUACAACCGCACAGACAUUGUCUGGAUAAAAAAUUCAAAAUAAUGGAGUGCAGUCGUUCUCUUGUGUAGCUUACCUUGUGCAAAUUGAAUAUUAAAGAUGGAAAUUUUAGAUUGUGGAAGAUAUAGUGAAAGUUUUCACGAUAUUUUCGUCAGAAAUCUUGCAAACAGGAAAAACAGGGAUGAUAAAAUAAAGCGUAAGGAACGUAUAAAUAAGGAAGGAGAGUCUUCGUCGUGGAUUGAGAUCGCUCCGAACGCAUCAAAAUUUGCAGUUUAUAAUGCCGUCCGAUCGAUUGUACUGGAGGUGGAAACCAAAAAUUCAAGAUGCAUUGGAUUGGGAACCGGUGAUUCUGGCAAAUAUGUAAAACCAUUUUGUUAUCAUCAAAACUCUGGCAAUGAUAACGAACAAAAUUGUCUUUCGUGUAAGGAAAAACCGAAAGAUAAUAUUUCUCUGAAAGAUGCUGACAUUCCGGAAUUCGAUUUUGAUGAUAUCAUCGAAACCGAAGAAUUACCAGUGUUUAACGUACCAAAGAUUGUUGGUGCGGGACUAGAAAGCCUUUAUGAAAUUAUUUCUGAAACCAAAACAGACCAUCCUCGAAUAUGCGCAAAAGCUCUAAAAUCAUUGUACGAUAUUAUUCAAGGUCAAGAUCCGGAGAGCUUCCGGAACGAGCCUGACAAACUGUUCAAUUCUUUAUACGACAUCUUGAUAGAGUUGGCUACAAUGCAUAGUCAAUCACCAGCAAACGUUAAUUUGCACCAAAAAGAUUUCAACUGGUCGUCAAUCAGUUGUUCAACUUUACUUGCGCUUUGCACCGCUAAAGGAGACACUGGAAAAUUACUCAAAGCAGUCACCUCUAUUCUGAUGUCACCAAAGAUUCUAUCUGCUCAAUUAAUUCAACUACCGCAAAGCAUAAUAAAGCUACAACGUAGUGUGCAUUCCGUUGCGCUUAGCAAGCUGAACAUUCCUGAUUAUUACUCAUAUGGAAUCUCACAAAAUAGUUUAAUUGAUUACUUCUACAUUAAAGAUUAUAUGUUUAUUGAAAAAGUGUUUGCACCAAACUGUAUAGCCUCUGAUGGUAAAUACAUCUUCAUACUUAUUUCAAAGUCACUGGUAAAAAUAGGUUCAGGUUUCAACGGAACUGUACCAGGAUUUAUUUACGGGAUCGCCAAAGACUUCGGCAAAGAUCGCAAUGAGUGGAUAGGUUAUUGCAAUAAUAAACUUUUCUAUAAAAAACUCUCCAAGCGGAACAUGGAUAACCUUUUGGUAGUAGAUACUGAAACUUUGCAAAUCACGGGAUCCAUACAAACGCAAGCAAAUAUCUCUAUGAAAGAUGGUAAUAAUUGUCUACUGUUCACUGACGGCGAAGCAAUUUCAUGUAUAUGUACUACAACAGGCAGUGACAACUUGCUUGUCAAGCAACUUUAUGCAAAAAGUACGUUUGCGUUUGAUCUUAAUUUAAAACUGGCAAGGAACGGUUUUUUUACACUUGGCUACUCCAUUUUUGAAGAAGAAAUCUUAAGCGAAAACCAGCUCAAGAAAAUUCAGAAUACUAACAGCAGUUUCAUACCUGCGUUACCUAAUGAAGUUGACUUGAGUGGAAUAUGCUGUGGGAAGGAAUUCGGUAUUGUAUUGGGAAAUAACGGCAAGGUUUUCUAUUACGGUAAAGGAAGCAGUCUCGGAUUAAAAGCAGUCGGAAAAAACCCCAGUUUGAAAUUGAAUGAAAUUGUUAUUUCGAAAGCCACCACCUUUUCGCAAGUUGCAGUUGGUCAUGAUGGUAUACAUGCACUUCUUUUGAAUGAAGAUGGAUCUGUUUUCUUCGCUGGAACUGCUCGGAGAGGUGAAGACGGAGAGCAAUCAAAAAAUCGACGGCAGUUAAAGGCUAUUAAACCGAAAAAAGUUAGUAAAAUAGAUGGGUAUUUUAUUACCCAUGUGUCAUGUAACAAUGGUACAUCUGCAUUUGUCACCAAGGAUGGAAAGCUGAUUAUUUUUGGUAAAGACACUAACUAUUGUGACUCGGCAGGAAUAGUCACUGCACUGAAUGAUGUUCACAUCGUAAAAGUGGCACUUGGAAAGGCUCAUUGUGUGGUACUAGAUGCUAAGGGUCAACUUUACACGUUCGGGCUAAAUAAUAAGGGCCAAUGUGGUAGAAAAUUCUCGAAAGAUCGUAACGAUGAUACGUUUGAUCCAAAACCAAAACAGCAAACAUUCAAACCUAUGUGCCCAAUUGAUGAACACACUAUCGUCGAUGGAAAAUGCAGAAUUUGCAACGUGUGUCGGGAAUGUACGGGUUAUAAUACUGCUUGUGUAUCUUCUAAGAAAAUUUUCGUUCAUGAACGCAUACCUGGGACCACUUGUUCCUGCGGACACGGAAGCGCCGGUUGUUCUAAAUGUGGAAGCUGUAGCACAUGCGUUGCCUCACAAGAAAGCGGUUCAAUAGAAAACAACGCGGAAGCACCAUCAAUGGUUGAUCGAGUGAAAGAAGCUUUACACAGAAAGUAUGACAAUUUGCGCCAUGCAGAAGAUGGAAACCAAUUGUCAGACGCAGAUGCUCCACGUGUCGCUCCUGUUCCUCCACAACGGGUUGACUUGCCUACGAAAAGUCCGAUUGUGCAAAUCAGUUGUGGACUUCAUCACACCGUAAUACUUACAUUGUCCGGAGAAGUGUUUACGUUUGGUAGUAACCAAUAUGGGCAACUUGGCACCGGUGAUCUGCAACCAAUAUCAGGAGCACAUCUGGUCAAGAUACCGCACAUGGUGAAUCAAGUUGCUGCUGGUAGCAAUCAUACCGUUGUACUCACAUCAAAGGGGAUUGUGUAUACGUUUGGAAAUUAUCAAAAAGGGCAACUUGGUCGGCUUCCAAGUGAAACGAAUCUUACGUCGGAUAGUUACACCGGAUCAAACAACUCGAUUGGACGACUCGAGUCUAGUGACAAAAACACUGUUUCCGAUAUUCUUUUACAAAGACAAAAGUUUUUAUGGAACUGUUCCCCAGGUGCUGUUUCUGGAAUCGGGCCAUCAACUGGGAAAAAGGCGUCAUGGAUAGGAGCUAGUGGUGACCAAACAUUUAUCAAAAUUGACGAAUCUUUGGUUAAUGCAUCAAUGCUUUCUAAAUUUAGCGUCGUUGCCGAUAAAAACACUAUAUUGCUUAUUCCAAAUAACCAGUCUCAGCUAAAUUCCAUUGCCAUAAAUCGACGCAAUGGAAAUUGUAAAGCUCAUAACACCAACCAGUUUGAUUUCAAGACAAUCAUAGACAAAAUUGACAAUAAAGGAUGCCAAGGCAGUAAAAAACGAAUGAAGACACUCCCACAACAACAAGCUUACUACCAUGCGGAAGGAAUAAUGGAAAAUCAGGAUAUGAUUAUAUCCGAACUAGAUUUAUGUCAUGAUACUAAGCAUGCACCUGAUGCUAGUGCGCAAACUACUGUCAGUUUUGCGUUUACUAUGGAUCCUUGUUUCAAUGUCCUGUGGGGGUUUGAUAGUGUCUCAAAGACUAUGAUGUUAUUCAAUGUUAUCGCAUCGGAGAUUUCGCCCAAAUCUGAACAUGCAAAAAAUCUCGUCGCUAUUCUAACUCCGGAAAUAGCUUUACCUACACAAGCAGAUGUGGAAGUUACUCGUUAUCAAGCAUCUCUUAACAUUCUGGCUACUCUGGAUAUCCUGACUACUAAUCAGAAAGCACUUAAAACCUGUUUUGUACCAGCAGACGAUAGCUACAAAGUCAAUAUAGAUGGUAAGGACACUUGCGAUUACAACACAGUUUGCAGAUUCGAGAGUUUUGGUGGCGGAUGGGGAUAUUCGAGUUACAGUGUAGAAGCUAUCCGGUUUAUGAGUGACGCUGAUGUUAUUAUUGCCGGCUUUGGAAUGUAUGGUGGGCGCGGAGAAUACACUUGCAAAUUGAAACUGUUUGAUCUAGGCUACGAUGGGGGUACUAACGAGAGGGAUGGCGUAUUAAUAUCUGAAGUCGAGGAGGUUCCAUUCGAAUGUCCUUCAAAGUGCAAAUAUAACGUAACCCUAACAAACCCAGUUACAAUAAGUGCAGGACGUUGGUAUCUGGUAUUGGCCAAAAUUUCCGGUCCUUCGUCAGACUGUGGAUCUUCAGGUCAAUCGUCGGUAACCACGUCAGAUAAUGUGACAUUCCACUUCAAAUCUUCCAAAAUGGCGAACAAUGGAACUAAUGUAAGCUCAGGACAAAUUCCUUCACUCUUGUAUAGGGUAAUGUCACCGAAUAGUAAAGUAGUAUAUCCUACUGUUUUGAAUGAGCCGGUGUGUAAGCUUUCAAAAAAGUUUGCCAAUACCCUUACCAAGGAUUGUUUUGAGAGUUUAGUCAUGCUAUUGAAUUGGUCAUGGAGCACGUUUAAAAUUUCUGCUGCUGACAUUUUGGAAACGAGAAAAGUAAACCAAAACAUAAUUUCAUUGAACAGACUAGUGUACAUCUGUAAAGCUAGUUUGAGAUUGUUGCGAAAAUACAUUAACGAGAUUUAUCCUUACAAGGGAUUCAACAAUGGAGACAAGCUUUCGACUAAAGGUAAACUAAUGAGCGUCAAGAGUGACAUUAAGCAGGAAAAAUCGCCGAAAACUAAAUGUUAUGACGCAAAUGUUUUAGUAUCAUCAGUAGACAGCAAAUCAGAUUUACUUAAAGUUAAUGAUAUCAAUAUAAUGGAAAUUAAUACACCUAUGCUUAACAAAAAAGUGUCUUCUGAAAGCAUUCAACUAGCUGAAUGCAUAGGAGAUGUGCGCGCAUUGUUGACUCAAAUUCUCUGUGAUGAGUUACCUUAUCACUCUGGCAACGAUAUCUGCAGUAUGAUACUCAAUGUGUUAGAUGAAUGUCACACAACAUUUGUUAGCUGUUUCAAUGCAUUUUAUCCCACAUCAUUUUUAAAAUGGAACUGCAUUUGUAAUCUACUGGCCCAGAUUGACAAAGGUAUAUUACAUUCUCGUUUGCUAAGUGGAGUUUUAGCGGGUUUAUGUGAUCCAAACAUUAAUCUUCGAUCAACAUUUUCUAUGCUGUCGCCUAAUGUGGAAUACAAAUCUCUUACUAGUCCUAGCGAUAAUUUGGGGUUUCCAAUGCUCGUUAGUUCAGAGAACUACCAAUAUCCAAUACUCGUCGAACAGAUGUUAUACCGAACGCAAAAAGAAAAAAAUAUCACGUGCAGUUCAUGGACAUUUAAAGAUGUGCUGAAUAGGUUGUUAGAUAUUAUAUCAAAACCCGUACGGCUAAAAAUUGAAAAUAUUUACAAUAACCAAAGUACUGACAUAUACAGCGGUGACGCAAUGAAGCGACGGUUGAGUAACAAUCUCAUUACUAAUUCAUGUAGACUUUUGUCUAAAGUAUUGGCAGAAAUCAUCUAUCAAAACUGUUCCAUCGAUAUCGAAACGGCAGUAGUUCCUUCAAACGUGCUGCACUCAAGUGGUAAUCGAUUUGCCAAAGUUGAUGUUAGCAAAACAUGGAAUACUGGUAAUUUUGGCCCAGACGCGAUAGCAUUUACUGUUGAUCGUCCCGGAAUUUCAAUAGCGGGAGCAUGUGUUUAUUCCGGCUCUGGCAGCUACGAGUAUCAAUUGGAAUUAUUGUAUGAUAGUAUGGAGUCCAAAAGUCAACUCCAACACAAAUGGGAAGUAAUCGAAUCAGUUGUAGGGGCUUACGAUCAAAGUAUGGUCAAAAACUUUAUGACAGAAAUCAAGUUCGACCGUUGCAUAAGUAUCCGAGAGAAUGUUCGAUACGCGUUGCGCUUGUGUUCCCAAGGAGCACGCACUUGUUCUGGAGAUGGAGGUUUUGCAGCUGUUCGUGGGCCUUGUGGAGCAACAUUCAAGUUUUAUCCAUGCGAUUUAAGCUUCAAUGGGACAACUCCGGCUAGAGGACAAAUUCCUUGCAUUUUGUACUAUAGUGUCCCAUCCAUCAAUGAUAGUCAUUCAGGAAAAUAUAGCAAAGAAUCACACGCUCGGGAUAUUGCACUUCAAAUUUCAACAGACAUCACUUCGAGAUGCAAAGAUUUGCUCAUACAUGCAAGAAACGCAAUCGCAUGUUCUUCUACUUCAAGUGAUAAAAGCUCUAAUUCGUCACAUAAUACUCAUACUGUAGAUUCCGAGCAUAACAUCACACCAAUCGAAGAACAUUUGGAUAUCGCAUGGAUUAAUAACUCGGAUAUCGCUAAUGUUAACAAUGUCACCAGUAGUAAUUUUGACCACAAUUCAUCUACAGCCAAGGAUAUUACCAAACGUAUAGAGAAUUUUUCAAAAGGAAUCAUCGAAACUUUAAAAUUUGAUAAGAAAUCAAGAAAUUCGAUUGAUUUCGACAUAGAAAUAGAGAUUGGUGCUGAAGAAAUAACUCCGAAUGAUUACAUCGACGAUAGGAAUAAUAAACUAGAUUCCAUUUCCAAUGGGAACGCUUCUGGUCUUGGAAUUCAAAAUAAGGGAGAUAACUUUUCAAUACUAAACGACGCUGCAAGUGACGCUGAAGAAUUUAAUCACCAACUAAAUCAGGAACGAAUCAUUCAACUAUUUUCUGCGGAAGAUUCUUGUCUGUUUACCAUGCUCCUACCGUUGACAUUUGCUCACAUUGGGCCACUAGUGUGCAGUAACUUGAAGAGCUCAGUGGAAGUACUUAGUCUUAUUCGUGCCAUUUUGCCGCACGUUUCAGCACUGAAUCAAAUUAACAACUUCAAACUUUACGAAUCGGGUAAAGCGGAGCAUUGUGAAGCUACACGCAAAAGCAUAUCCGGAGAUCAGAAUGACUUAUGUACAACAAGUCACUACUAUUGUAUCGUCGAGAGUGAGCAUCCUUACAAAUCCAGCACAGUAGCGAACUAUCGAGUGGAAUUUCCCCAAAGUGUUCGUUGGAUGACUAUAGAAUUCGACCCACAGUGUGGUACUGUACAACCGGAGGAUUACGUUUACCUGAAAACACCAAAGUAUCCCGAUAAAACUAGAACCGAAACAGCCUUCAUCAAUGACAAUCAUGCAUCGACAACCAAUGCACGUAAAAGUAAGGAGGUUAAAUUGGAACAUUACAUGAAAGCUGAUAAACCAACUAUACAUGAAUUUCCGGAUGUUGAGUGGAUUGUUAUCAAAAAGUUUAACACGUCACAAAAUUGGAGCACAAAUGCUAUUGUUCUCCCUGGAAAUAAAUUGGAGAUUUCGUUGGAAACUGCUUCAACCUACGUGAGAGAACAAAAAGGAAAUAAAUACGGUUUUCGAUGUUCUAUAAUUGGCUAUGACAAUAGAAGUGUGAUAAAGUAUCCAAGCACUUCAUUGAUUCAUCUUGAGUACGAGCUAUCAUAUUUGGGAGGUUUGUGUAGCGCAAAUUUGCUAAAAAAAGAUUUAAUAUUUUCGGAUGACGUAAACGAGAGUGUAGUUAAUAUAGAGGACACCAUCAAGAAACAUUCUGCGCUUUUAUCAAAAGGAUUGAUGGUAUCCGAUACUGUGCUAACCAUAAAUAAUGCAUUAGAAUCGAACCUGCCCAUCACAGAACAAAGUUACGAGAAACAAUUUCUGAAGGACUUCAUUUAUGUGGCGGCAGGGUCUCCUGGUGCAAGGUUGGCGGCAUGGCUGCAACCGGAAUCUCGCUUAGAUCCAAACAAAUGUGAAAUAAAAAUGUCUCAAGAGCCACUUCGUUGCGGUUGGCCUUCCCAUUUUAUUAUUGAAACAAGGGAUCAAUAUGGAGACGAAAUUUUCGUACCGGGAAUAAAGAUCGAAGUAAAGGCCUCUCUUGGCAGCAACAUACUUUCCGAAAACAAUAGAAAACUGCAUAUGAAGUCUCGUUAUGAUUCACUUUAUCUGGGAAGUGCUGCCCUGCCACCUAAAAUGAGUUAUGAAUGUACUUUUAAAGAAAAGGAAAAGAGCUGCCUUAAAGCCAUCACGGCUAUGAAGCCAUUCCAACCGUACUCAUUUGAAGAAUUGCGCUAUUGUAAUACGAUACAGAAUAAAACCACAGAAAUUCUUACCGCAAACGAUCUGGGUAAUAACACUUAUGGUGUAUUUUGGACACCGAAUGUACCAGGAAACUACAGUCUAACUAUAACAAUUGAUGGCGUUUGUGUGGAAGAAAUUUAUCGGGUAGAUGUAAUAGAUGCUGGUUUGCCGCCUUUAUCGCAGGAAACUACAUUGAAAAAAGUACAGCCACCAACCAAGCUGAGAAAGUUUAUUGCAAAAAACUCUGCUGGUUUGCGAGUUCGAUUACAUCCAACUUUGCAGUCGGAUCAAAUCGGAAUCGUCAAAUUGAAUGGCAUAGUGUCCUAUAUAGACGAGAUGGAGAACGAUGAUGGCCUGUGGGUUCGACUAUCAACCGAAUCAAUUCGCGAACAUUGCACCUCGAGCUGGUUUCCUACUGAAGCUUGGUGUUUACAAUACAAUCAGCAUUUGGGAAAAACUUUGUUGCACCCGAUUUUGGAGUCGAGCUCAACCAAAGCUUUGAUGGAACAGGUAGAUCAAAGCAGUCCUACAACUUCUGAUGCUAAUGAAGAAAAUGAGAAUACCAUUGAUUAUUUUGAUUUUAUGAAGACGGAUCGUCCUGCUGACGAGGCUUCGUCAACAAAUGAUGAGCAAUUGGCAACCGUUAAGCUUCUGCAGAUCACGGAAACUGCCGAAGAAAACUCCGUUAAUGCACCGAACAUAAAUAUCGGCAAUCUGAACCAAAGUAAUAUCGGUGCAGCUAUCGCUGGUGUUGUCGGUGACGGGGCCAAAAAGAUGCAAGCGUUGCAAAAAUGGUUGAAGGGAGACAGUUUUGAGGAGAGCGAGUCGCCCAAAAAGCGUAAAAAUGAAACCUUCGAGCCCAGGAGUAACGGUAAUCGGUCAUUCGAUCGCAGUAGAAGUGUCAGUCCGGAAAUGUUUUCAUUGCGACGAUGUGAUUCUUCCAGUAGUACAAAAUCGGAUACGUCCAAACACUUACCGAACAAAGAAGUUUCGAAAACAGAAGAGAACCCUGAAGAACGUAAGUCUAUUGAAAACUCAACCUCUCAGCAGGAUGGUACAUAUACACCCAGCAUAUCGUUUAAUAAAUCUCUAAAAAUUGAAUCGAAAGAGUUGCCCAAACGAGCACUCUCGCCUUCUAUAGCUGAAACGUUGCGAGCCGUAUUCUCGGCGUUUCUCUGGCAUGAAGGAUUAGUACAUGAUGCAAUGGCUUGUGCAUCGUUUCUCAAAUUUCAUCCUAGUAUAUCGAAAAAGGAAAGCGAAAAUAUGCCAGUAGGAAAUCCUCACGAACGUCUUUUGACAAGAGAGCAGAAAGUACUGCAAAGACAUUCAGUGGAAAUAUCGAACGCUGGAACUUAUUUAAACAUUCGGCCCUCGACGCUGGAAACUUUGGCUAAAAUUGGAAACUGUUGCGUCCAUAAUCGAAAGUUACGGAACAGGAAUGCUGACAUCGUUACAUCCAGGGACGGAGAGUUCCCCCAACCCAGUGCCCUUCCUCCUGCACUACGAUGUUUAGUGUACGUUUGGGAUCAACUUUGCUGUAAUUUUAUUCAUCUUGUUGAAACAAAUUCUAAUGAUAAAGAAAAUGAUUUUAGCUCAUUGAAAACAAACAAAUCUGGCGAGGAAAAAGCGCAAAACGCCAAAGGAGUGAGCCAGAAAAAAGUUGAAGAUGGCUGUUGGUGCGAGUUGUGCGAUGUAUUCUUACCAAUUCCAGUAACGUAUCAUAUGCGAAUUGUGCAUCCCGGUUGUGGCAAAUAUGCCAAAGGGAAAGGUUAUAAUUCAAUAGGUGUUUACUGUGAAGGAUGGGCUGGUAACUGUGGUGAUGGUGGCCAAGGAGUUUCAAGCUGGUAUCUGAUGUGCGAAAAAUGUCGGCAAAAAUAUGUUAACUCUGCCAAAGUAACAAAUAAUGUUAAUUAUAAUGAUGGAAGUAAUACCGGACUUAAAACAGAAGGAGGCACUAAUAUCAUGUUCGGUUUUGGAGCUGAGUCCACUAUACCUUCCGAGUUGUUCACUAUAAUGAAGGAAAACUCUUUUUUUCUGCUUGAGCUGAAUUCAUAUAAUGGUGGUCUAAUCAACAAGCCAUCUAACGGGACAGUGGAAGCAAUAGGUAUACAAGAGCAGCCGUCUAACAGUAGAUAUACAAAUGUUGACUUGAAUGAUUCGUAUGAUUCAAGUUAUUAUUUCGAUGAAAAAAACAUAAAUUGGAAUGGAGGAGUAAAAAAAGAAAUUAGUCGAAUUUCAUGUGACACUUCUUCAGAACUGAUGUGGCCACCACCCGAAAUGUUAUCAUGUAUGGAAACGUUAGGAGCUAAAAACAACAAUGAUAUUACGUACGACAUGUUUGGUAUUAAUAUGAACGCUAUGCAUGCCUACGACUUAAAGGUGUUCGACAAUACUUCAAUGGAGAUGACAGACUCAUAUGGAAAAAAUAUCCAAGGAUCUCCUGCAAUUCCUUCGACUAGUAAAGUUCAUCGCAGUUUUUCGAUGGGUCAAGGCUGGCAUACACCUCAGAACAAAACUGGCAACGAUUUUAAUCUUCAGCAUAAAAUAGAAAAUGGUGCAAAACCUGAAACUACAGGCAAUGUUGUUCUGAGACGUAAAAAGCAAUGCACAUGCACAAGUGGAGACUCAAACCUUCUGAACUAUCCAUCCAUUAAUUUACAGAAACUAGUUCCAGAAUACUUAUUAAAUAACAAUUUUUCGAAAGAUUCUACUCCUACGAAUAAAAACAAACACAAAGUUAAUAAUAAGAUAAAUGACAAAAACAAUAUUCAAACCACUCCACGAUCAGCUUUGAUGACGAAUGGAAAACGGCCUGAGGACAUCAAUUUCUCAGAAUUUCUAGAGUUAUAUCACAAUAAUGCUCGUGACAAUAGCGCAAAAAUUGAAAAUUCGAAUGAGAAAUCAGAGAUCGUCAUUGGGUCGGAUAGCUUAAAUUCGGCUUACAAGAUAGAUGCACAAGUAGGUGCCUUAUCUCUUUUAAACAGGCCGUCGAUGACGUUCAUGUUGGAAAAGCAUGAUUUGAAAAAAUUGCGACAUCUAAUGACACGCAAUCUUCGCAAGACAGUAUGUAACAUUUACAGUUUACAAGCGUUAAACUGGCUUUUGAGGUCUGUCACGCAACCAAUCGGUUUGCAUGAUAUUAUGUGGUGGUUCAUUUCCUCUUUAUCAUUUGCAACUCAUGACAACGAGGACGAACCAAAAUUGGACGAAGGUGUUUUAGGCCUUGAACAUCCGGGAUCAAAUCAAUUCAACGGUCCUCUAUCGCAAACUCUAUCUCAAAGUUUGCAUUAUCUUCUACAAACGAUUGCAGAUCUAACAUUAUUGCUACCCUCAGGAUCAUCGCUACAAAAAACUGCUAUACAAUGCUUUGGGCUCAAGUUCAAACAGUCAGACCACCAGUUUUUGCACCGAUCGCAUGUGUUUGGAAAUAUUUCAAAAAUACUGUCAAAAUCGGAGGAACAGAAUGAAGAAAAUUUAAUUCCUUCAAUGGCGAUGUUAAACUCCUCUUCAAAUCCAAUUGAUCCCUACUCAGAGGAUUGUAUAAAGAUCAGCUUACUUCACGAUAUUACGGACAUAUUUGAUCUAAUCGUAUCCUCGCGGCCAGCUUUGGCGAAUUCACUAAUCGACAAUUCGACAGAAACAUUCUGGGAGAGUGAUGAGGAAGAUCGUAAUAAACCAAAAAUUAUCGAGCUCACUAUGAACCGCACAAAUUAUCAUUGUAGAAUAAUUUAUGUGCACAUUGAUAACAGUCGUGAUAUCGGGAGCAAAGUGUCCAGUAUUCUGGUAUAUGGAGGAAGCUCAUUUGGUGAAACUACGUUGCAGAAAACGAUUGAUGUAGAUCCAUUAGCAUGCUGCUGGAUAUCUUCCCCUAUUACCGAUGAUGAAUGCACUCAUUAUCGUCUAGAGUUUCGCGGUCCGGAAGCUACCUUAAGAGUGCGGCAAAUCAAACUGCUAGGUUACAGUGCUGAUGAUAAAGUAGCACAACUCAGAAACAACCUGAAAAUGACCAAUGCGACCUACAUUCAGCAGAAAAAUUGCGAAACAGAAACGUUACGUGUAUUUCGGUUAUUAACUGGCCAGGUAUUUGGUAAACUAAUAUUGGAAAGUAGCAAAAAUUACAACUAUGGUGGUCCAAACACACCGACUUCAUCCAAAAUUAAUGAAUCGACGGUGAUAUCGUCAUCGACGGAAUCACUGGAUCUGCGUGAGCACAUGGUUGGUAUUCUUUUCAGUCGCAGCAAGUUAAGUCACUUGCAAAAGCAGAUUAUUGUACACAUCGUGCACGCCAUCCAGAAGGAAGCGUUGCGGUCACGUGAAGAAUGGGAGCAUAAUGUCCUGUGUAGUGCAGACAAUGAGACUGAUUUCGAAGACAAUCUAAAGUUGAAUGACACGUACUGCUUCGAAAUGUUAAGUAUGGUGUUGGCACUAUCUGGAAGCGCUGUUGGACGAUCCUACCUUUCUCACCAACACGGUUUGUUGAAGGAUCUUUUUUCAUUACUUCAUACAGGUAGUGAUCGUGUGCAACGCCAAGUUACUGCAUUAAUACGACGUAUUCUACCUGAGAUUUCACCAGAAACACUUUGUGAACUUUUAGCAGUCGAAAAAGUGCCUGAAACGGAUUUUAACCUCCUAAGUCAAAACAAUGAAACGUUCAACAUGAACAAAUGUGGCAUUCUGGAUAUAUUUUUGGCUGUAAUAGCCAAAGCGCUACAAGUGCAGAUCAAAGUAAAAAACAAUUCCAACAAAAACCCACCCACGAUGAAGUUAUGGCGAUACAUGAAUGUUUGCAAAAUUGAUGAUUACGAAAAGUCAACACUGAAUAAACUUUCAAUGACAAACUCCCAGAUAAGUAAUAUUGAAUCAGAUCGCGUGGGUAGUAAUGUGAAGGAAAGCCCUGUGGCAGAGCCAUAUGGUUUUGAAGCAUCAUCUUCGGAGUUCCUCGAUGACAAAACUAACGAAGAAUGCUCGUUGGAUUUCGAUGGCUGUAGAAGCAAACCGGGUAUUCGUAUCGAACCGACUAUAAAACCCCGUUGGUUCCUAAGUGGCACCAUUUCUUCAAAGCAAGCUGAGAAUAUUAUGUCGCUUAUACGCGAUAUGGCGCAUGGUAAACUAUCGGAGAAAUGGUCUCUAAUUACGAAAGCUGCCAUAGCGGAAUGCAUCAUAAAUAUUACCCGUUUAUCUGACGUUUAUCGUGUACCAGAAACCUGCAUGACUACGCCUACUCUAUGGCUUACUCUGGCUAGUCUUUGUGUUCUAGAUCGAGACCAUGUGGAAAAACUAUCUUCAAGUCAGUGGUCCAAGCAGUCAGAAUCAAGACCGCUGUGUUCUAAUCAUGACGACGAUGUCACGUUUGCCAUGAUAAUCUGUAGUCUCUGUGGAUCGCUAUGCUCUGAUUGCGAUCGAUUUUUGCACCUGAAUAGGAAAACAAGGAAUCAUUAUAGAACGGUUUGCAAAGAAGAGGAGGAAGCGAUUCGCGUAGAACUCCAUGAAAGUUGCGGUCGUGCAAAGCUGUUUUGGUUACUUGCUCUAGUGGAUUCUAAAACUUUGAAAGGAAUGCUAGAGUUCCGGAAUGGUAAUAAUACGCUGGUAUGUGAUCCACCUAAUACGAUUGGUGUAUGCCGGUUUUGUGGUAUUACCGGAACCACCGGUCUGCUGGCAGUUGGAAAUGUGUGCGUUGAUCAGCAAUGUCAGGAGUAUGCAGCAAAUGCUUGCACUAAGACUCUUCAAUGCGGUCACUUGUGUGGCGGAAUUAUCAACGAAGAACGAUGUCUACCAUGUUUACAGCAAAAAUGUCUUGGCAACGAAAGCAGUUUAAGCGAAAAGGAACCAAAGCUAACGCAGGACGCGGAUGAUAUGUGUAUGAUUUGUUUUACUGAAGCACUUUCAUCAGCUCCAUCUAUUCAACUGGACUGUGGGCACGUAUUCCAUUGCCAUUGCUGCGAAGCAGUUCUAACUCGACGAUGGAAUGGACCGCGAAUAAGUUUUGGAUUUUCACAAUGCCCCAUUUGCAAGAUGGAUAUACAACAUAUGGCACUUGUCGAUAUAUUAGAACCGAUCGUUUUGUUAAAAGCUGAUGUUAAAAGAAAAGCUUUAAUGAGAUUGGAGUACGAAGGAAUAUCUAAAACUAUGGAUAGUCGAAAUUUGGCAACUUACGCUAUGGAACGAUAUGCAUAUUACGUGUGCAGUCAAUGUCAAAAGGCUUAUUAUGGUGGCGAGGCGCGGUGCGACGCAGAACUCGGUGAAAACUAUAAUCCACAGGAGUUGGUUUGUGGAGGCUGCAGUGACGUAGUAAAAGCAAAGAUGUGCCCUAAACAUGGAACAGAUUUCCUAGAAUACAAGUGCCGUUACUGCUGCUCAGUGGCUGUGUUUUUUUGCUUUGGAACAACUCAUUUUUGUGACACCUGCCAUGACGACUUUCAACGAUUGACGAACAUUCCAAAAAAUAAACUGCCCAAGUGUCCCGCUGGACCAAAAGCAAAGCAGCUCAUUGGUGAAGAAUGUCCUUUACACGUAAUUCAUCCGCCCACGGGAGAGGAAUUUGCUCUUGGAUGUGGAAUAUGUCGAAAUGCUCACACUUUUUAGAUGCUGAUGGUGUCAAUAACUUUAAAACAAGAAUAAAUGUUGGUAGAAUGAAUGCAAUUUAAUAUUUUGUUGUUACUUAGUGGCGUUAUACCUCUAUAGCCAACCAUGUGGAAAUCUAACAUAACUAGUAAUCAAGCUUUUUGUUAGGAAACACUAAUUUAUUAUUUACACUCUAGAACAAAACAAUUUCACCUAAAUUAUAAAUUAUCUAUCUGUACAAUUACCACGCGACUUCUGUCGACUCUAAUACGUGAAUAAACUCGUCAAAAUUUUUGAAUACA